UGCUCAUGUUUCACCAAGCAAGGUGAUAUAAAUCGGAGCUUCGGUGCUGCCCCACAUCAGCAUGACAUUGACAGGCGGCACAAGCCCAACAUUAGCGCAUCGCAGAGUACCGGAUACGCGGGGAGAGAUCCCAGAGGCUCAGGCAUUAACACUAGUAUUAAGUGCGAGUUAGACAACGCGCCGCGGAAACGUACUGAUGUGCUCGUAUGUGUAGAGGUACGCAAGUGGGCGUGAUGAGCUGCCUUUGGGCGAUUGUUGAGGUGGGAAGCUAAAGGCUAACAGGAAGGGCCUUCCUCAGUUCCUGGCUGCUGUCCAGAGUCCAGACUCCAGGUCACCAACCACAAGUACAGGCCCUCACAACAUCGACAAAUGUUACUUGUUGAUAUCUUGUCCCUGUUCGGCUAUGAAGAAAACAUCCUCUCUUACUCUCACUUUGAUACAAUAUUGCUUGUGAUCCCAGCUGCACCGAUAAACUCCAUGCACAACAAACGAGAAAGUCGGCGAGUGGCCAACCUUACCCCGGCACAGAUCCAGAGGAAACGAGAAAUCGAUCGUUCCAACCAGAGACAGCACCGGGCCAAGAACAAGGCGUACACAGCGCGCCUAGAAGACAGGAUCUCUCAAUUAAAAUACGAAAAGGCGCUGUUGCGCGCCCGGUUGCGAAAAUACGAGGUUGUAUCGGACGAUGAGGGAGACGAGGAAGUGAUUAGGGACGAUGAUAUGCAGACCGUCCUCAGUACGUCAGAGCAGAGUCGAAGAGCCUCACGGUCCGCAUCCGAGUCACGUCCCUCUCACCCCGACACAGGUUCGCCCAGUCGACUGGGCCAUGCACAUUUGACACCUAGCUCCUGCAGCGUGUCAGCAGCAAACCUUCAAGCCCGCAGCCCCCGUAUCCUGCCACGCAACCUUGGCUGCGGGAACCUCGACUCCUUCGGUAUCUCCGUGAAAGAAGGGCCUCCAGUUCGGGACGGACAAACCGAUGCCUCCCUCCCGCGUCAACACAGACCAGUAUGGCAAAGGCUACCUGGGCAUAUCGAGCCAACAAACAAACUUGACGAGACCAUCAUCAAAAAGACCAGGGCCUGGCGUUCAUGUUUUCGGCAUAUCGCUGCCAAGGUCGACAAGCCAGACAAGGGACAUUUGCCAAGUAUAUAUUCGCUGCUCAAUGAGCAUGCGGACGACGUUGAUUCCAGAUCCCGGCGCGUCUCUGUGGCGGAGGCAGUUGAAACAUCUGCUACCUUGUUAGCUCCUCUCGUCAAGCGCAUAAUCAUCAUGUAUAAACUUGCCUAUUAUAUUAGAUGGCUGGCCUGUCAGACGCAACAGUCGUACAAUCAGAUGCCGGACUAUCUCAAGCCAACAGAGCUGCAAAGAACAAUACCUCACCCAGCGUGGAUCGACAUCAUCUCAUACCCUGAUGCGCGCGAUGCACUCAUUCAAAUGAGAGACUGGAGUGUCUUUGAGAAAUUCGAGGAGCUGGUAGGCGCGACGACCUUUGUCGAUUGGCCUUACUCUACUGUCGAUGCGGUGCAGGAGUCUGCUGGUGAAUUGCGUAUGAACCCGAAUUUCGAGGCUUACAUACGUGACUUGAAGAAUUGGAGUUGUGGCUGCGAGGUCGUUAAGAGGUUUCCAUUCAUGGCAGCUCAUGUAGCAGAAUGAUGAUAGAGACUUCCGAGACUGCGGCACUCCAUUUGAGCAGUGUCAGUUGAAGUUGAUGAUUGGUAAGGCAAUGUGUUGAUA